AUGGAAAAUGGAUACAAUAGAGAGAAAAUGGCUCAAGCAUAUGAUUUCGCCUUGGAAAAAAUUGGGAUGGAUAUUCAAUCCUACUCAAUUUGGAAUGAUUAUGUAAACUUCUUGAAAGCUGUUGAAGCUGUUGGAUCUUAUGCUGAAAAUCAGAAGAUUAGUGCUGUUAGAAAGGUGUAUCAGCGAGGAGUUGUGAACCCGAUGGUGAACAUCGAGCAGCUGUGGAAGGACUACAUGAGCUUCGAGCAGAACAUCAACCCCAUCAUCGCGGAGAAGAUGGCGAUCGAGCGCGGCCGCGACUACAUGAACGCGCGCCGCGUCGCCAAAGAGUUCGAGGCGGUGACGCGCGGCCUCAACCGCAACAGCCCCAGCGUGCCCCCCACGGGCCACCCCGAGGAGCUCAAGCAGGUGGACCUGUGGAAGAAGUACAUCGCGUGGGAGAAGUCGAACCCGCUGCGCACGGAGGACACGACGCUCAUCACGCGGCGCGUCAUGUUCGCCUUCGAGCAGUGCCUGCUGUGCCUGGGCCACCACCCCGACGUCUGGUACGAGGCGGCGCAGUUCCUCGAGCAGAGCUCCAAGCUGCUCACCGAGAAGGGGGAUGUCACAGCUGCUAAACUUUUUAGUGAUGAAGCCGCAACCGUUUAUGAAAGAGCAACGUCUACCUUACUUAAAAAGAAUAUGCUGUUGUAUUUUGCGUAUGCUGAUUUUGAGGAAGGACGCUUGAAAUACGAAAAAGUGCAUCAAAUUUACAGCAGAUUUUUGGACAUUCAAGACAUAGACCCGACAUUAGCGUUCGUGCAAUACAUGAAGUUCGCCCGGCGCGCCGAGGGCAUCAAGUCGGCGAGGACGGUGUUCAAGCGGGCGCGGGAGGACCCUCGCUCCAGGUUCCACGUGUUCGUCGCGGCGGCGCUCAUGGAGGAAAUAUGGAAUAGAUUUCUCGAAUUUGAAUCUAAUAUUGGGGACCUAGCGAGCAUAGUGAAAGUGGAAAAGAGGAGAAGUGCAGUUUUAGGACAGAUAAAGGAAUUUGAAGGCAAAGAAACAGCACAGCUAGUUGACCGGUACAAGUUCCUGGAUUUAUAUCCUUGUUCUGCGGGAGAAUUGAAGGCUAUUGGCUACAAUGAAGUAGCGAGUGCUGUCAUGAAAACACUCCAUCAUUCAUUACCUGCAGGCAUUUUGGAUCAUGAUGAAGAAAACACAUGCAUGCCCAGGCCAGACUUCACUCAAAUGAUUCCAUUCAAACCCAAAGCGAAUUCUAUUCCGGGAGACCAUCCUGUUCCAGGUGGAGUUUUUCCGCAGCCCCCAGCAGCAGCACAGCUCUGCACCUUACUCCCUCCCCCAGGCUGCUUCAGGGGACCUUUUGUGGCCGUGGACAUGCUCAUUGACGUCUUCAACAAAAUUCAACUGCCAGAAACACCUCCUCUGCCAGUAGCUGACAAUGGAUGUGACACAAAACUGUUUGACUUAGCAAAGUCUGUCCAUUGGAUCGUGGAGGAAGGUCAGGAAGGAACCUUGACAAUACCAGCGGGUAUGAAUUCCUUGAAACGGCGCCGCAAAGUUGGUGAUCGAAUCGGUGACGAUAGUGAAGACGAAGAAUUGGCAGGUGCUCCCCCGGUGAACGACAUUUAUCGUGCUCGACAGCAGAAGAGGGUGAAGUGAUUCAAAACAGUGCAAGACAACUAAAUGAAUGUCAUUUUAGUAGAAAAAUGACCUUAUUCUUUUUAUCAUUUUUAUAAUUCUUGAGAAAUAGAUAUACAAUUGAAAUUCAUUAUCUUCUACCUUGCUGUGAGAAAUUCAAUGUGGAGGAUUUUUAAAGCUGUGUUAAAAGAUUAUUUGAAAAAUAUCUCAUUUCAUUAUUUUUUUAUGUUAAUGAUUUGGCAUGUCUUUUAAUUUAUAUUUUGGUGGGUUUGAAAAUGUCAUUGAUGUAACUAUUGUCAAUUAUCACUUUUUGUUUAGGACAUUUUCACUUGUAGCAUAUUGACUGGUAUUGUACCAAGAGUCAAAGAAUUUUGGUAAAAACUAGUUUCUUAUUGUGUUGUUUUAUGCUCUUUUCAUUCCUUGGGGCACAGUUACUUCUUGCAAGAGCAUCUCUUGCUAAGUGCUUGAACAAUAGUGUACAUACUCUAUUGUGAAACGUUAAAUGAAUAAAGUGUGUGACAUGUAUACUUUAAUAAGAAAAGAACAGUAUUUAUGUAAAAUUAUCAUAUAUGUUAAUGUUAAGAAAAUCAGGGAAAUAUUAUGUAUGUGUGUUUCAAAGUCAUAUAAGAAAAAUUAUCACUGAUGUUGGUGUGAAUCCAGCUGGAUAUUUUUUUGAAGAGCUCCAUGUGAAAAUGAUGUUAUAUUUUUAAUAUUAAUGAUUUUUAAUUAAAGUAGAAUGUAUGGAUGAAUGUAAACUUUUAUAUGUGAUUUUAAAACAAAAUGAGUUUUGGGGUGGGGAUAAUUUACAAAAAUGAUUAGUUCAAUGUGUUUGUAGCCCUCAUGAAUGUCUUAUAGUAGAGCACCAUCAGCCCCAUCUCCAACAGGUCUUCUGUUCUGAUGCACAAUCCCAAAAUCUGAAGAAUACUUCAUUGAUUAGUAAUGGGUCCUGUAGCAAAGUGGUUUUGGCAGCAACCGUAAACUGCGAAGUUUGCUUGUUUGAAUCCUGCAUUGGACAUGGAUGUUCACAUUAAUAAUAUGACAUGGGGCAGGGAUUAUCCCAGUCAUCAAUACCCCAUUCCGUCCCAGACCUCUCCUAUCCGGAAUGGUGUAUGAAUGAGACUGCCUCUCCUACCUUGAAUGAUGAAUGUAACUGCCUACUUGCAAGGUGGAGUGAGCUUCAUAAUGGACUGUGAGUGCCAUCUGGUCACCAUCAAACCUCCCUGCUUGUAAAAUGGUUCAAGCACUGCCACAUGCUUAUGAAACACAAGGGGUAGAAGUAAGUUCUCAGCCACAAUGGGCGCACUAGCCUCAGCAGAGUUACGGAGUGGAGGCUAGAGUCAAGGGGCUAAGGUAGAAAAAUCGAUAGUAUUAACUGAAGGCAGAGAGCUUCAGUGGAUAACUGAAAGGUUAAGUUGACAUAACUAGUAAUGAUGAUUACUUCAUUGAUUAGUACUUUUUAAUAUGCAAAAUAUAUUGCACAAAAAAUUAAUUUGAAUUUUGAUUUGCCUCCAUGGAUAAUUACAAACUUACUGUAGUUGAAAUUUUAGAUAUUGACCAUUUAAAACUUAUUGUAAUUACAUUUACAUAAGUUUAGACCUGAAUCACACGAGUUGAUGACGUCAACUGCGUUGACGCGCGUCAAUGCAUGCGCACACUAGCCACUUGAUGCGCUUCGAAGAUCUACACUAUCUUAUGGGAAAUGGCAUACGAGCUCUCUUGGCAACGUGCGUUGUUGCCAGCGGGCGUCGCGCAUUAUCUUGUUUGCUGUUGGCUAAGCAUUUUGCUUGAGCAGUGGUACAAUGCACGUCGCCAAGAGCUUUCGCAUAAAGGCGGCUCCACACAUGCGGUAUUACGCGAAUCCCGAGUAGUGUGGACAGGUUACUUGCGAGUCGCCGAGCGCCUUCAGUAAAUGGGUCGCUGUCAGCGUUGCGUG